GCAUAAUACCAGUCUGUCCAGUCGGUUCGAGCAUUCAGUGCUACCGGUUGCUGCCAAAAUUAAACACGCGAAUACAAAUAAAAAGUUUAUGAAUAUUUUGAUCUAGAAAUCAGCCAGUUAUACUAUAAAUAGAUAAGUGGAAAUUGUAUAAGCGAUAAUACUGUGAGUAUACGUUUAUCUUAAAACAAGUAGGGCGAUAAAAUAAGCAACAGUUUUUAACAAUUUUUAAGUUCAUAACAUCGAUCAACAAGAUAUUGUGUAUGACGAUUUUAUGGUGAAAAUAGAGUUUAACUCUCCGAAGAAAUUUGUUGGAAAAUCAAAUAUUAAUUAUGUCCAACUAUACUAUUGGUCGUAUAGUGGAAGAAGAUACGGAGGAAGUUAUGAAAGUAUUAAAACGCAACUUUUUUAUCGACGAACCGCUGAACAAAAAACUUCAGUACUGCACUUCAGUGGACGACGAUUGCCCUGAUUUGGACGAAUAUUGCAGAUCCACUCUACCGGGGAUAUCAUUUAAGGCCAUAGAUGCUGAUGGGAAAAUUAUUGGAGUUCUUAUUAAUGGAAUCAGUGCUGUCGACUUUCCAAUAGACUACGAAUCAAUGAUAAAAAACUGCGAGAACCCAAAAUUCAAGAAGAUCCUCCAUAUUCUGCUUAUACGGGAGCAAAACGCACACCUUGCUACAAGAUACCCGAACGAAAAAAAAUUAUUCGAAGUGAAACUAGCAGCGACCGAUUCCAAUUGGAGGAAUAAGGGAAUUAUGAAUAAACUAAUGGAAGAAGCAGAAAAAUCGGCAAGGGACCUAGGAAUCAGAUUAUUACGUAUCGACACCUCCAGCGCAUACUCUGCUAAAGCUGCAGAAAAAUUUGGUUUCACCUGCCUCUACAAAAGGGCGUAUACGGAUAUCAAAUUGCCCGGUGAAAGUGAGCCCAUUAUUGUACCUGAUCCACCACAUGUUGUGGAUAGAGUAUUUAUUAAGGAAUUGUUUUAGUUCUUCAAGUACUUAUACUCACAACAUAAUAUUAUUAAGCUGUAACAUAUUUAGAAAAUAUUGUUAUUUAUUUUGAACUCUUGAGAUAUAUAAACCCAGUGGUAAGGAUCAUUGUAUUUAUGUUACAUACUGAGUUACCUAUCUGUAAUAUUUCUAACAGUAAGGCUCCGCAGUCCGCCAUAGACCGUAGACCGUUGACACCGAAAAUGUCAACGGUCAAUCGUUAACUGACCAAUUUGAGCCUUGACUAUCGAUAUUCUCACAUUUACUGUGCAAAAAGUUCGAAAUGAAUAGAGAACCAACUUGCAGGUCUUAUCUUAGUUUAUAUCAGUGACAUAAAGGGACCUUUAGGUUAAGGCCCCAUUGCAAUUUUUACCACAAGCGGAAAACCGCAAAACCGAGAUACUGCCCUCGAUUUUAUCAAUUUGAAAAUGGAAUUCAAGAGAAUACAGCUGUUAUGUAUUAGUUAUAGAGUGUAUGUGUUGUUGUUUAUAUAUUAAAAGCAGAAAAGAAACGUGAUCAAAAAUUUACGACAAUGGGUCCAAUUUCCAACCACUAGUUAGUGGACUUGAUGCUUUUAUUCAUAAAAAAUAUAGCUAAUAUGAGAUUAUGAAACUGAAACCAAACUGGGAAGUCAAGUUCUAUGAUGAUUGUUUGUAAAUAUAUUUAAAUGUCCGGUACAUUUUUAUUAUUAUUUUUUAUUAUAAUUGGCUAUUGGUGUAAGAAUAAUAAAAAAAAAUUUAACAGAGAUUAAACAGAUUGUAAAUGUAAAGGUUGUUUUCUACCUCCAACGUCAGUUAUUGUGACGAUUUAUUUU